AUGCUUCCGUACACUUCAGGUAACGGCACGAACUGCAUUGAUCACGACGAAUGUCAGAAUGGCGGCCAUGAUUGCCAUGACAACGCGAUGUGCUCCAACACUGUGGGAGGUCAUAAUUGCUCAUGUGACCCAGGUUAUGAAGGUCCAGGUACCUACUGUUCAGAUGUGGACGAGUGUGCACGUGAUCUUCACGACUGUUCGUCGGAUGCCACUUGUCAGAACAACAUUGGUAACUUCAGUUGUUCAUGUAAUUCAGGAUACAAGGGUAAUGGAAAGAGUUGUGUGAAUGUUGAGGAGUGCCUGAAAUCACCGUGUGACGAGAAUGCCAACUGUACGGACACCGUUGGAAGUUUUACUUGUGCAUGUAAACAUGGUUAUACCGGAACAGGAAAGUUCUGUGGGGACAUGGAUGAAUGCUCAACUGGCGCUCACAACUGCCAUUCUGAUGCUAUCUGUAGCAACAGCGCAGGAAGCUUUACUUGCAGUUGCAAGAAUGGUUUCUCUGGCAAUGGAGAGGCAUGCCAAGACAAGGAUGAAUGUGGUGGAGCUUUACCAGUGUGCAGUGUAAACUCUGAAUGUCACAACGUUCCUGGUUCUUUCCGUUGUAAUUGCAGUACUGGCUACUUGAAGGAUGGAGUAUCUUGCGUGGAUAUCAAUGAAUGUAACGGCACGAACUGCACUGAUCACAACGAAUGUCAGAAUGGCGGCCAUGAUUGCCAUGACAACGCGAUGUGCUCCAACACUGUGGGAGGUCAUAAUUGCUCAUGUGACCCAGGUUAUGAAGGUCCAGGUACCUACUGUUCAGAUGUGGACGAGUGUGCACGUGAUCUUCACGACUGUUCGUCGGAUGCCACUUGUCAGAACAACAUUGGUAGCUUCAGUUGUUCAUGUAAUUCAGGAUACAAGGGUAAUGGAAAGAGUUGUGUGAAUGUUGACGAGUGCCUGAAAUCACCGUGUGACGAGAAUGCCAACUGCACGGACACCGUUGGAAGUUUUACUUGUGCAUGUAAACAUGGUUAUACCGGAACAGGAAAGUUCUGUGGGGACAUAGACGAAUGCUCAACUGGCGCUCACAACUGCCAUUCUGAUGCUAUCUGUAUCAACAGUGCAGGAAACUUUACUUGCAGUUGCAAGAAUGGUUUCUCUGGCAAUGGAGAGACAUGCGAAGACAAGGAUGAAUGUGGUGGAGGUGUACCAGUGUGCAGUGUAAACUCUGAAUGUCACAACGUUCCUGGUUCUUUCCGUUGUAAUUGCAGUACUGGCUACUUGAAGGAUGGAAUAUCUUGCGUGGAUAUCGAUGAAUGUACUAAUAGUUCUUACACUACCAACUGUCAUGCUCAUUCAACAUGCUCAAACACCAAAGGAAGCUAUGUGUGCGCCUGUCAUCAAGGACACAAUGGAUUGGCUGGGUCAUGCAACCAUAUUGCUAGUUUGCUCCACGCGCUGGAGGACUUUGUACGGCUGGGUUUGCGGGAGGAGGCAGCCAAGACAUGUACGGAGAAGCUGAUGCAGUGGAACCGUCCUCGCACUACUCGCAUUAAGCCCCGACGAGUCCUGACUGUUCACCUGCGGAAAGACAUGUUUGCCAGGCGGGACAAGGCGCGGAAGAAGAAGAAGAUACCAUUCUACGACCCACGGCCUACAAACAUGCGCUUACCCAACCCGCUUGGAGUUGCUGAGCUGACCAGUGCACUGCAGGCAAUUGAGGACGACGGUUUAGCAGCUGACGAUUCUGGCCGUGUGAAGAUGUACGGAACUUCCACCUGGCUUUGCCUUCUCCAGCCCUCGCCUCUCCCUUCGGAAGCUAGUAGCAGUGAAAGUGAUGGUGGCAGUGGUUCUGCUAGCUGCUCAUCAGACGAGGAAGAGCCUGCUACUGCUACAACGGAUCUGUCUUUGGUAUCAUCAGACAUUACCUCCACUGAUGAAUUUUACGCUGCGCAUGUGUUUGUAACGUCUGAGGAAGCGAAGCAGAAUGAGAAGAGCACCAGAGGUAACGGGACGAACUGCAUUGAUCACAACGAAUGUCAGAAUGGCAGUCAUGAUUGCCAUGACAACGCGAUGUGCUCCAACACGGUGGGAGGUCAUAAUUGCUCAUGUGACCCAGGUUAUGAAGGUCCAGGUACCUACUGUUCAGAUGUGGACGAGUGUGCACGUGAUCUUCACGACUGUUCGUCGGAUGCCACUUGUCAGAACAACAUUGGUAACUUCAGUUGUUCAUGUAAUUCAGGAUACAGGGGUAAUGGAAAGAGUUGUGUGAAUGUUGAGGAGUGCCUGAAAUCACCGUGUGACGAGAAUGCCAAGUUACUGGCUACUUGA